ACUGCAGCGCCAACGACCUCGCGUCCAAGCUCAACGACCCACAGCAGAUGCACAUCUUUGACGAGAUGACCGACAACUGCCGCAUCAUCGAGGCGCUCAACCCGGCCGAGACCAAGACGAUCCGGUAUGUGCAGGCCAAGCCGGUGUUUCCGACGACGGCGCGCGACUUUCUUGUUGUGACGAGCGAGCAGCGCCUCGACGACGGGUCCAUUGUCAUUGGCACCAAGAGCGUCGAGCACGACAGCGUGCCGGUCGACAAGCAUUUUGUGCGCGCGCACACGCACGUGUCGGGGUACAUUGUUCGUCCGUUGACGCCGACGUCGUGCUCGGUGACGCUGAUCGUGCACAUGGACCUCGGCGGCUACAUGCCGGCGUACGUGAUCAACCUCUUGUCGGUGGCGUCGCCGAUCCAGUUGCUGAAGCGGUUCCGCGUUCUGUACGGUCGGUCGUAAACGGCAUCUUUGUUAUUAAUUUAUUGAUUUAUUCAUUUGAUGCAAGUAUUGUCA